GGACGGUCGACGAGCCUAGAAUUUUCGGUGAUCCUAGUACCGCCGGCGUUUCAGAGCUGAUCCCAUCGCCGGUAGGGGCUGCGCCCGGUGAUAGUGUAGUGACAUGAGCGCAGGACAGGCAGAUGCUGCAAACCCAAGCAUCGCCUUUUCCGCAAGGUCAGCGACUUCCAAGUUGAAGCCAGAGGUCCAUGAUGCUGAGAGUGUGCUGUUGAGCGUUGGUCACUCGACGCCGUCUGCAGUUUUUGACGCGGCUGAGCAGCGGCACCUGCAAGAACUCGCUUUGCAGUUUACGGAGCCAUCCUCGGCCUCGGAGGCAGUUACGACGCCUUCGAACCUUUCAGUCGCUCCUGAGGUCUCGAACGCGACUGAAGACGUUUUUAUUACAGAGACGCCCGAGACUGGGCCACUGUUACUGGAAGCUGCAGAAAACGGACAACGGAGUGACGGAAUCGUCCAGCGUGCCUCCACCGUCACGGCUCCGGUGCCAGUGGCACCCAUAACUGUCAGCCUGAUAUCGGAACCAGUGACAAAGCUGCAGGCUCCCGUUUUGAUGCCGGUGACGUCGGUUGCAUCGUCUGUUCUGGCAACCGUGUCUUCCCUAUUUGGAGCCCCGAUACUCCUGACGCCUACUCCACCUCCCCCUGCCGGGGCUUCCUACGGGAUAGUGCCGCAGCUACAGAAUAUCGUCGCCACAGUGAAUCUAUGCUGCGCGCUGGACCUUCGCCAAAUCGCGCUGAGAGCGCGCAACGCCGAGUACAACCCACGCAGAUUUGCUGCCGUGAUUAUGCGCAUCAGGGAGCCCCGCACCACGGCUCUGAUGUUUCGAUCAGGAAAGCUUGUAUGCACCGGUGCGAGAAGUGAACUUCAGGCCCGGACGGCAGCGAGGAAGUUUGCGCGCAUCGCUCAGAAGUUAGGCUACGACGCCAAGUUCAACGACUUCAAAGUCCAGAACAUCGUAGCUAGUUGCGACGUUGGCUUUACCAUAAAGCUGGAAAGCUUGGCCCUCAACCACGCACAAUUUUCUUGCUACGAGCCAGAGCUAUUCCCGGGACUAGUGUACCGCAUGGUGAAGCCCUGCAUCUUGCUCCUUGUGUUCGUGUCCGGAAAGGUGGUACUCACAGGCAAGCUACCAACUACAAGUGGCAUAAUUCUCUCGGCUACUAUGAAGAAUCUGCUUUCAGGGCCAAGCUGCGGGAGGACAUCUACAAGGCAUUUGACAACAUCUACCCCAUCCUGAAGAAAUACCAGUCCAUCUGAAAUGACUGUCGCCAGCUGACUAUUGAAAUAAAUUAUACGCAGGCACCCAACCAAUCA